UGUGUUUUGCGUGCAGUGGGUGCGGACGCAGAGCAGCAGACCUGAUCAUCAGACUCUCUGGGCCUCCUGUCCUCCUGCUGAAGGGCUGAAGAUCCAGACGCUGAACCUGUGCCAGGAAGAGAGAAACCCGAGAUUCAUUCCAGCAUGGGGGGGAGACUGGGUCUUCUCCUCAGCCUCGUCAUGGCAGUGUGUUUCUACGGCAGCGCUGCUCAGAGGACAGUCUGUACUCAAGAGGCUGUGGCAGACAUCGUCUUCAUGGUUGACGGGUCGUGGAGCAUCGGCACCAAGAACUUCCAGCAGAUCCGUCAGUUUCUGUAUACGCUGAUCAACAGCUUCGACGUCGGGCCUGACCACGUCCGCAUCGGGCUGGUCCAAUACAGCACCGCUCCACGCACCGAGUUCCUGCUCAACACCUAUCAGAACAAGGAAGACAUCCUCGAGUACAUCAACACCUUGCCCUACCUGGGUGGUGGCACCCAGACGGGGCAAGGCUUGGACUUUAUGCUGAAUGAGCACUUUGUGGAGGCAGCUGGAAGCCGGGGCCAGAAAGUACCGCAGAUCGCUGUGGUGAUCACUGAUGGAAAAUCACAAGACAACGUGGAGUCCCACGCCCAGAAUCUGAAGCGGAAAGGAAUUGUUUUGUAUGCGAUUGGUAUCAAAGAUGCAGAUGAGGAACAGCUGAAGGAGAUAGCCAAUGAGCCACAUAGUCAGCACGUCUACAGCGUGUCUGAUUUUGCAGCGCUGCAGGGAAUUUCGCAGAGCAUCGUGCAGACGCUUUGCACAACUGUUGAAGAAGUCAAACGACAACUGCUGCAAUUGUCUCAAGAGUGUGCCAAAGCCUCCAGGGCCGACAUCGUCUUCCUGAUCGAUGGCUCUUCCAGUAUCGGCAUCAGUAACUUUCAGGAGAUCCGUCAGUUUCUCCGGAGCGUCAUCACAGGUCUUGACAUCGGCCCUGACAAAGUUCGAGUCGGCUUGGCUCAGUACAGUGAUGAAUCUUACCAGGAGUUCCUGCUGAAAGAUCACAUGGAUAAGCAAUCCCUGCUGGCUGCGGUGGAUACAUUCCCCUACCGAACAGGGGGCACAGAAACCGGCGAGGCCAUCGAAUUCAUCCGGACGCAGUACUUCACAGAGGACGCAGGGAGCCGAGCCAGGGAACGGGUACCUCAGAUUGCUGUGGUCAUCACAGAUGGGGACUCCACAGACGAUGUGGUACAGCCCGCCCAGCGCUUGAGGCAGCACGGAGUCAUUGUGUUUGGCAUCGGGGUGGGAAGAGCCAACAUGCAGGAGCUCGGGUCCAUUGCAAACCGGCCUCCAGAACGCUUCCUGUUAUCUAUCGAUAGCUACCAGGCUCUGCAGACGCUGACCAAAAAUCUGCUGCAGACUGUUUGUGUCUCCGUGGAAGAUCAGAGGCAAGCCUUGGAGGAAAAGUUUGCGGACAUCUUCUUCCUGGUGGACAGUGGCGUGACUCCAGCAGAGUUCCAGCAGAUCAAGUCCAUCCUCAGUAGACUUGCCAAUCAACUAAACAUUGGAGCGUCCGCCUACCGUCUCGGCUGGGCUCAGUACGGUCGAGAUAUCAAGGAGCAAUCUCUUCUUAAUGCUUACCAAACCAAAGAGGAGACCGUGAACGCUGUGAGGCGUUUACGCCAGCGAAGACUGCAACCUAACGAGACACAUAAUCUGGGCAGCGCAUUGCAUCACACUGCCACUCACUUUUUUACCAGUGCAUCAGGAAGCCGGGCGGACCAAGGCUACCGACAGUACCUGGUUGUUAUAAGUGGAAAAGACUCAGAUGAUGAGGUGUAUAAGGAGUCACGUCUGAUCAAAUCAUCAGGAGUAAUCGUGGUGGGGAUGAGCCUUGGUGCAUCGAUGAAUGAAAUGCGUCUCAUAGCCACUGCACCGUACAUUUACCAGACUACCAUCACUGCACCCGCACUGAAGGCUAUUUUUGAAACACAGGAAGUAAAGCCCUCUCUUACUGGAGAUUGCAAAGCCGCCAAAGUGGCAGACAUCGUGUUCAUCGUUGAUGAGUCUGGAAGCAUCGGGACUCCCAACUUCCAGCUGGUGCGCACUUUCCUGCACUCCAUUGUGAGCGGCCUGAAUGUCAGUACAUCUAGAGUCCGAGUGGGCAUCGUGAUGUAUAACACUGUAGCCAAAGCUCAGGUUUACCUCGACUCCUUCAAUGACAAGGACGAACUGCUGAAGUUCAUCAAAAUCCUGCCGUAUCAUGGAGGUGGUACAAACACUGGAGUCGCCCUGACUUACGCCCUGCAGAAGGUUUUUAUCCCGCAGCGAGGAAGCAGGAAAGCAAAGGGUGUCCAGCAGGUGGCGGUGGUGAUUACAGACGGUGAAUCCCAGGACAACGUGAGCACACCAGCAGCUAAUCUUCGUCGAGCUGGUGUCACGGUUUACGCAGUAGGAGUCAAAGAUGCCAACAAAGCCCAGCUGAUAGAAAUGGCGUCUCAUCCCCCCCAAAAGCACAUGUUUAUUGUGGACAGCUUUGCCAAGCUGAAAUCAAUGGAGAUGAGCCUGCAGAGAAUUCUGUGCCAAAACAUCCUUCGGCAAGCAAUCUCCGUCAGUACAAGAAGAACUGGCAUCAAAGAAGGCUGCUUACAAACGGAUGAAGCAGAUAUCUUCUUCCUAAUUGAUCAUUCAGGAAGCAUUUACCCCUCCGACUUCCAAGACAUGAAGAAGUUCAUCAUUGAGUUCCUCCAUACCUUCCGUAUUGGACCACAACAUGUUCGCAUGGGGGUUGCGAAAUACGCAGAUUCGCCAAACUUAGAAUUUGAUCUGACAGUCUACUCAGAUACCAAGACACUGGAGAAAGCCGUAGAGGGUAUUAGACAAAUAGGGGGCGGGACAGAGACAGGAAGAGCAUUGGAAUUCAUGGGCCCACAUUUUGAUAGAGCAAUGGUCACUCGUGGUCACAAAGUCCCAGAGUACCUGGUGGUCAUCACUGAUGGAAAGUCCACUGAUGAAGUCAAGGCUCCUGCGGAAAAACUGAGGUCACAGGGCGUCAUCGUCUACGCCAUCGGGGUGAAACAGGCAGAUGUAUCUGAGCUGCGAGAGAUUUCCGGCGACCCCAAGAGGACUUUCUUUGUCAAUAAUUUUGAUGCUCUAAAGCCCAUCAAGGAUGACAUCAUCACGGACAUCUGUUCUCAAGACGCUUGCAAGGACAUACCAGGCGACCUCCUUUUCUUGAUUGACAGCUCUGGGAGCAUCUAUCCACAAGACUACAACAAAAUGAAAGAGUUCAUGAAAUCUGUCAUCAGCAGGUCCAUCAUUGGGCAGAACGAGGUGCAUGUAGGUGUCAUGCAGUUCAGUGCCACCCAACAACUAGCGUUCCCCCUCAACCGCUACUACAGCAAAGAAGAAAUGUCACAAGCCAUCGAUGGUAUGCAGCAGAUUGGUGGAGGCACGCACACAGGUGGCGCCAUCACUGAUGUGUCGCAGUACUUUGAUGCAAACAGAGGAGGGCGUCCUGGCAUGAGGCAGAGGCUGGUUGUGAUCACAGAUGGCGAGGCCCAAGAUGAGGUCAAAGGCCCCGCUGAGGCUCUGAGAGCCAAGGGAGUGGUGAUCUAUGCCAUUGGAGUGGUGGACGCCAACACCACCCAGCUGCUGGAGAUCAGCGGUUCACCCAACAGGAUGUAUGCUGAGAGUGACUUUGACGCUCUGAAGGACUUGGAGAGCCAAGUGGCCAUGGAGCUCUGUGAUCCAGAGAGAGAGUGUAAGAAGACAGAAAAAGCUGACAUUAUUUUCCUGGUGGACGGCUCUACAAGCAUAACCCUACCCAAGUUCAGAAGCAUGCAGAAGUUCAUGGCAUCAAUGGUGAACCAAACAACAGUUGGCAAGGACCUGACCCGCUUUGGGGUCAUUCUCUACUCAAACGACGCCAAGUCUGUUUUUACUCUGAAACAGUACAACUCCAAACGAGAGGUUCUUAAUGCAAUAUCUGCACUCAAGUCCCCGUAUGGAGACACCUACACUGGCAAGGCUUUGGGAUACUCUUUAGAGUUCUUUAACAGCGAACAUGGUGGUCGGGCGGCUCUCCAGGUGCCACAGAUCCUCAUGGUGAUCACAGAUGGCGAUGCUACAGACCGCAACAGUCUGGUUGCGCCAUCCGUGGCACUGCAAGACAGCGGGAUCAGCGUCUUCAGUAUCGGAGUUGAAGGAGCCAACAGGACGCAGCUGGAGAUCAUGGCUGGCCAAGACACUUCCAGAGUUUUCUAUGUGGAUAAUUUCGAUGCCCUGGAAACUCUGUACAAGAAUAUCACAAAUGUCCUCUGCAAUUCCACCAAGCCAGUUUGUGAAAAACAGCAGGCUGACCUGGUCUUCCUUGUUGAUCAGUCUGGCAGCAUCGGCACAGCUGACUACGCCACCAUGAAGAAGUUCACCACAGACCUAGUAAACAGCUUCAAAGUCAGUGAAAAGUUUGUGAGAGUGGGACUUGCCCAGUUCAGCAGCAGUUUCCAACAUGAGUUUUACCUCAACCAGUACUACAGCGAACAAGUCGUGAACAAGCACAUCUUGGAAAUGAAGCAGCGUGGUGGGGGCACCAUGAUCGGACGUGCCCUGGAUUCCAUCAGGGUGUAUUUUGAGGCGUCACAAGGCAGCCGAAGAUCUGCCGGGAUCUCCCAGAAUCUGGUGCUGAUCACAGAUGGUGAAUCACAGGAUGACGUGGAGGAUGCCGCCGACCGUCUCAGGGCCCUGGGGAUCGAGGUGUUUGCCAUUGGUAUCGGAGACGUUCAUAAUCUGGAGCUCCUGCAGAUCACUGGCACUCCCGAGAGGCUGUUUACUGUGCAGAACUUCGGCAGCUUGGAAAAGAUCAGGCAAAAGGUGGUUGACACAAUCUGCAAAUCUAAACCCCCCAGAGAUCCCAGUGCCUGCAGCAUUGAUAUCGCCAUGGGAUUUGAUAUUUCUCGAAGAAGAGCUCCCGGUGAGAAGCUGGUCAGUGGCCACACCAAGCUCCAGACAUUCCUGCCAGAUAUCGCCCACUACUUCUCCACAGUACAAGGCCUGUGCUGCGUCGAUCCCCCACCUCUUAAGACUAACAUCGCCUACCGUGUAGUGGGCCGUGAUGGACGUCCCCAGCACGACUUCGGGUUUGAGGGCUACAGCGAGGACGUGGUGAAUAAAGUCAUGGACUUGACCUUGACAGAACCCACUAGGUUUGACACUGCUAUGCUGAAAUCCUUUGGGGAGAUGUUCAGCACUGAGUCAAACGCUGGCGUGAAGGUUCUGGUGAUCUUCUCAGACGGACUCGAUGAAGACGUGAUGAAACUGGAGCAUGAAUCAGAUCUGCUGCGAAAGUCCGGGGUCAGUGCUCUGCUGACGGUGGCUCUGGAGGGCGCGCGUGAUCCCGCCCAGCUGCAGAUGGUGGAGUUUGGUCGAGGAUUCGGCUACAAGCUUCCUCUGACCAUUGGCAUGCCAAGUGUCGGCAGCACCAUCCUCAAACAAAUCGAUGCGGUGUCAGAUCGGGAGUGCUGCGGUGUCAUGUGCAAAUGUUCGGGUCAUGAAGGCAUCCGUGGCUCUCGGGGCACCCCGGGGCCAAAGGGUGUGCCAGGGCAGAAGGGUUUUCCCGGGUUCCCAGGAGAGGAGGGCGUCGCUGGCGAGCGUGGGCCUCCUGGACCGAGUGGACCUCAGGGGGUCCAGGGUUGUCCUGGGCUCAGAGGAGCGAAGGGCUACAGAGGCAGCCGAGGAAACAGGGGCGAUGGGGGUGAAGACGGACUGGAUGGCAUUAAUGGAGAACAGGGACUGACGGGAAAAGAUGGCGGUCGCGGAGAGAAAGGAAACCCAGGAAACCCAGGUAUCCCAGGUAUCAGAGGGGAGGCGGGGCUGAAAGGACAGCGAGGACUGAGAGGAGAUCCGGGUGAACCAGGCGCUGAUAACACCAGGCCAGGAGCUAAAGGAGACCCCGGACACGCAGGUUUACCGGGAGCACCUGGACAGGAUGGGCUGCCAGGUGAGAGUGGAGUCGUUGGAAACCCGGGUCCAGAUGGAAGAAGAGGGCCGAUUGGUGAAAAGGGUGCACGUGGAGGGCCAGGAGAUCCAGGACUGCCAGGUGCCCCAGGUGCUUCAGGUCCACAGGGCCCCAGAGGGGUCAGAGGUCAACCUGGACCCAUAGGAAUCCCUGGCCUUCCUGGACCUCAGGGUGGACCAGGACCAGCUGGAAACCCGGGAGUAGGCGGACGGCGUGGACCCAACGGACAGAAGGGCCAACCAGGAGAGCCAGGUGGUAAAGGUGCUCCAGGAUCACAGGGACCCAGAGGAAUGCCUGGUCAGGACGGCAGAGAUGGUUACGGACCUCAAGGAACAAAAGGUGCCAAGGGAGAUCCUGGUUUCCCUGGUUACCCCGGUCUACCGGGUGAGGACGGCCUGCAGGGAACUAAAGGAUAUCCUGGACGUAAAGGAAACCGUGGUCGAGGCGGGAACUCUGGCAGGCCGGGAGAGACAGGCAGGCCCGGAGAACAUGGAUAUCCAGGACACAGGGGUCCCAGAGGUCCUCCUGGAACCAGAGGCAUGACUGAGUGCCAGCUGAUCACCUACAUCAGAGACAACUGUGCAUGUUCCCUCGAUCAGUCAGAGUGCCCGGCCUACCCCACCGAGUUCGUGUUUGGUCUGGACAUGUCUGAGGACGUGACCCCGGUAACCUUUGAGAGGCAGCGUUCCGCCCUCCUCUCCCUGCUGGAGGACAUCACCAUCACCGAGAGCAACUGUCCGACGGGUGCUCGCGUCGCUGUGGUGGGUUACAGCAGUCAAACCAAGUACCUGAUCCGCUUCCAGGACUACCGCCGUAAGAAACAGCUGAUCGAAGCUGUGAAGAGCAUCGCCCUGGAGAGGACGGCCCAACGUCGUCAGCUUGGUGCCGCCAUGCGCUUCGUGGGUCAGCACCUCUUCAAACGCACUCGAUCAGGAAUGCUGAUGAGGAAGGUGGCCGUCUUCCUCUCUAACGGGCCUGCGGCAGAUGCUAAUGAUAUCGUCACAGCCAUGAUGGAGUACCGUGGCUCCAACAUUGUCCCAGCAGUCAUCUCUCUGAAAAACGCUCCGGCUAUCAGUCGAGCGAUGGAGGUCGACGACUCAGGACGUUCCAUCUUCACCGUGCUGGGGAGGGACAUGGCCGCUGACCUGAGGAAGGUCAAGAACUGUGCGAUCUGUUACGACCCCUGCAGACGUUCGGACCUGUGCGCUUUCAUCCAGGAACCAAUUCGGCCUCAGCAGGUUGAUCUGGACCUGGUGAUGGUGUUGGACAGCUCCAGGGAGAUACAGGCUGAUGAGUACGCCGGCGCCCAGCAGCUGCUUGGCUCUGUGGUAGAGCAGCUGGUCGUGAGCCCACAGCCCCGCAGGGCCGGCAACCAGGCCCGUGUGGCUGUAGUCCAACAGAGCGGCACCCGGACUCCCAAGGUGGAGUUUGGACUAGGCACCUACCAGAACCAGAACCUGAUGAGGAACCACCUGCUGCGGAACAUGACUCAGCAGGGCGGCUCCUCGGCGCUGGGACAGACACUGGAGUUCACCCUGAGGGACGUGCUCCUGAAGGCCGGCCAGCCCCAAAAGAGUAAGGUGAUGCUGACCGUGGUGGGCACCCGCACGGCUUACGAGGACCAAGCCAAGCUGCGCUACAUCUCCCAGAAGGCCAAGUGUGAGGGGGUGGCGCUGUUUGUGGUGACAGUCAGUGAGCGCUACGACCGGGCACAGGUGGAGGAGCUGGCCAGCCCGCCCUUAGCACAGCACCUGAUCCACUUGGACAAACUAAAGGCAGACGAGCAGGACUACGCCCAGCGCUUCUUCAGAGUCUUCCUCUCCACCCUUAAACAGGGAAUGAACACGUAUCCACCUCCUUCUUUAAAACGGACAUGUGACGAGCUGAGGGGCCAAGAUGGAGGUCAGGGGACGGCAGUGGUGGAAGAGGAGGAGUUCAGGGAGGAGGAGGAGGAGAGGUUUCAGGAGCACACGAGGCCAAAGACUGAGACCGGCCAGCUGGACACCAUCAACACCCUGACCAGAGGAGACGGCCAGACAUUUGUCUCACUGUCUCACGCCCAGUGUCAGCUGGAUGCUGAUAUUGGUAUCCAGUGUGCGCAGUAUGUCCAACAGUGGUUCUUUGACAAAGACAUCGGUGCAUGCUCUCCCUUCUGGUAUGGCGGUUGCGGCGGUAACGCCAACCGCUUUAAAACGGAAAAUGAAUGUUUCCGGACAUGUGGCGCCCGCAAUCCAAACAUCCUGCCCACACCGGAGCUCGCCAGCUUCGCCUCCAAAGACAGCUGUUUCCUGAGCCAGGACCAGGGCAGCUGCCAGAACUACACCAUGAUGUGGUUCUUUGACACCGAGCAGAGGGAGUGUUCUCGCUUCUGGUACGGCGGCUGCGGCGGAAACGAAAACCGCUUCCAGACACAGGAGGAGUGUGAGAACCUCUGUCUGACGAAGAGUCGGUGAGGACGUCGGCUCCACAUCAGUUGGACAGAAAACACAAAAUCACCGCUGCACACCAAACGUGUGUCAGCGAAACCUUCAGAGAACAUGACAACAUGCAUCUUCAAGGAAAAACACCACAGAAACUUAGUGUGCAUUAUUUUAAAGCCGUUCCUCACAGCUGCGGUGGGUCUGGGACGUUAAACUGCUAACUAGUUUCUGCUAAAACGCCUUCAGGGAAAGUUUCAACUGUUCCAGAGCUCUGCAGCUUUUAGUCAUUUUUCCUUCAACAUGCAUGUUUUAAUCCCUCAAAGCUCUUUUUUUAAAACCUUCAACAUCUUGCAAUAAAAAACUCUUGAACUGCUGGACACUGUUCAAAUGUCUCUACAGGUUACUUUUGUUUUCUUCACAUCAGGUGCUAGUUCUAUGAAGCAGGUGGAGGCUGAUGAAUAUAAGUGUGUUGAGACUCAGAAUGAAUGUUUGAAGGAAUCACAGAAAUGACAAACAUUAAAGGGACAGAUCAGAUCUUUUGCAAGUGGGGCUGUCUGAGGACUUAUCCAUAGACAGUAUAUUACACACAGGAGCUGUCAGCACGCCCCCAGUUUGAAGAAGCAGGCCUGAGUCCAACAUGGAGGCUCUGCACUCUACUGAUGAGGAGGGGUCAGCAACAAAACAUAUUUUAACCACUUUAAAAAAAUCAGUAUCAGUUCAAGUGUGCACUAUAUUUAGAGUAUUUUCAUGGCUUUACUUAAAUGUCACACAGUGAUUCCCAACAGGAAAAUGAGGCUGUAUCAUCGCUCUCUUCAAAGCCAGACUCCACUGAGAAAAACACUGAUUUAAGCUCACUGAACACAGGAGCUGCUCGUUGACUGCUGCCUGGUUCAGCAAAGUCACACAAUAACACAAACAAACUAACCGAUCGAGGCAGCAGUCGACCAGCAGCUCCUGUGUUCAGCGAGCCUAAAUUACUGUUUUUUUAAAUGGAGUCUGGCCUUGACGAGAGCAUAGAUGGGGAACUGAAGCCUUUAACAGCUUCCCUGUCAGAACAGACUUUCUGACAGCGAGGUAAAGCUGAUAAAAUACUCUCAGUACAGCGUUCUCUUUAAGUGACACUGAUUUUUGUAGCUGGCGAAGUUUUGUUGCUGACCCUGUCCACAGCAGUGUGUUGCUGAUCUCUCAUGUUAGACUCCAGCCUUCUUCUCCAAACUGACUGUUGAUACGUGCCUGAUACAUCCCUGCUUCAAAAAUCCAAACUGUCCCUUUAAAGGUAAACUAUGCAGGAUUGUCAGUUAGUGUUUGUGAACACGCUCGCCAUCCAAAGUGAAAAUAAAAGCCAACCACAGAUUCA